CCCUAAAGCCCUCAACGCCUUUGCUUUAGUUCUUUCUACACACACUCUCUGCCUGCCUCCCCUUAUCCACUCUUUCCCAAAAACCCAGAAACCAAAACAAAGCCUUUAUCUUCUUUAUUGUUUUACUUAUCCUUUUUGUUCAUCAAACUACAAUAAAAAGAAAUGGCCUCUGCAAAUGCUCUUUCUUCAGCUUCUAUUCUUUGCUCUCCCAACAAGGGGAGUUUAAGGAGGAAGGGAAAUCAGAGACAGAACCAAAGGGUAAAUUAUAGGCAAGGAAACAACCGGUUUGGUGUGAAGGCUUGUGCUAAAGAAAUUGCUUUUGACCAGAGUUCAAGAGCUGCAAUGCAGGCUGGCAUUGAUAAGUUAGCUGAUGCUGUUGGCCUUACACUUGGUCCUAGGGGGAGGAAUGUUGUGUUGGAUGAAUUCGGAAGUCCGAAAGUAGUCAACGAUGGGGUGACAAUAGCUAGAGCUAUUGAGCUUCCUAAUGCCAUGGAAAAUGCUGGUGCUGCUCUUAUCAGAGAGGUUGCGAGUAAAACUAAUGACUCUGCAGGUGAUGGGACGACUACGGCAUCGGUACUUGCACGGGAAAUCAUCAAACUAGGACUUUUGACUGUUACUUCGGGUGCAAAUCCGGUCUCAGUGAAAAGGGGUAUCGAUAAAACCGUACAAAGUUUAAUAGAAGAGUUGGAAAAGAAGGCUAGGCCUGUUAAAGGCCGUGAUGAUAUCAAAGCUGUGGCUUCCAUUUCUGCUGGAAAUGAUGACCUUAUUGGAACAAUGGUAGCUGAUGCUAUUGACAAAGUCGGUCCCGAUGGUGUUUUGUCAAUCGAGUCAUCGUCUUCAUUUGAGACCACCGUUGAUGUUGAGGAAGGAAUGGAGAUUGACAGAGGUUACAUCUCACCGCAAUUCGUAACAAAUCCCGAGAAAUUAAUUUGUGAAUUCGAGAAUGCAAGGGUGCUAGUAACCGAUCAAAAGAUUACAGCUAUUAAGGACAUAAUUCCCCUCUUGGAGAAGACUACUCAGUUAAGAGCUCCAUUGCUUAUAAUUGCUGAGGAUGUUACCGGAGAGGCUCUUGCUACACUUGUAGUGAACAAACUCCGAGGUAUCCUUAAUGUUGCAGCCAUUAAAGCUCCGAGUUUCGGCGAAAGAAGAAAAGCUGUCCUUCAAGAUAUUGCCAUUCUUACUGGUGCCGAGUUCCAAGCAAAUGAUCUGGGUUUGUUAAUCGAGAACACCUCUGUUGAGCAGCUUGGUAUAGCCAGGAAAGUUAUCAUCACCAAGGAUUCAACCCAAAUAAUUGCUGAUGCCGCUUCGAAGGAUGAAAUACAAGCUAGGGUGCAACAAUUAAAGAAAGAACUAGCCGAGACAGAUUCUGUUUACGACACAGAAAAACUGGCAGAAAGGAUUGCCAAACUAUCUGGUGGUGUUGCAGUCAUUAAGGUUGGGGCUGCAACUGAGACUGAACUCGAGGAUCGCAAGCUACGUAUUGAAGAUGCCAAGAAUGCUACCUUUGCUGCCAUAGAGGAAGGUAUUGUACCUGGUGGUGGUGCUGCAUUAGUUCAUCUCUCGACUUGCGUCCCUGCAAUUAAGGAUAAGCUUGAAGACUCUGAAGAGCGCAUAGGAGCCGACAUUGUGCAGAAGGCUUUGGUAGCACCGGCCUCGUUGAUAGCUCAAAAUGCAGGAAUGGAAGGUGAGGUAGUGGUGGAGAAAGUAAAGAACAGCGAAUGGGAGAUCGGUUACAAUGCAAUGACAGACACGUAUGAGAACAUGCUGGAAGCUGGAGUUAUUGACCCGGCAAAGGUGACAAGAUGUGCGUUGCAGAACGCAGCUUCGGUUGCGGGAAUGGUGCUUACGACUCAAGCUAUUGUCGUUGAGAAACCCAAGCCAAAGGCUCCUGCAGCUGCUGCUCCUGAAGGUCUUACCAUUUAAUCACUAGGAUUUUAAGAAAUUUCAGCGAUUGAAUGAGCAAUUAUGUAGGUUUGGUGCCCUAUUUUUGUAUUGGAUUUAAUAAAAGAAUGGUUUGUGGAUGCAAUGUAAGGUAAGGGAUGUUGAACAAUGUUUGAUUAGACAUUGCAGUAAAAAAAAAAUGUCUUGCCACUA